CCCGGCCGAGCCCCGCUGGAGGGAGGCGGCUCGGAGCCGGGCCCGCCGCCCGCGCCUCAGACACCCGGCCGCGGCUCGCCGACCUUCUGCGACCGCCGCCCCGCGCCCCUGCCCAGGGGAGUGGGCCUCGGCUCCCCUCUUAGUCCCCGCGACCUUUCGCGCUAGCUCGGGGGACGCGGGGGACUCCGGGGUCCCCCGCCCUGCGCCGCCUCGGCUCCUGGCUUCUUUCUCCGGGCUGCCCCCCACCCCCAGCCUCUCUCCCCCACAACCCGCACAUUGUCACGUUCCGGCGCGAAGUGGGCUUCCCGGAUCGGCAGGAUGUACCCCCAGGGAAGGCACCCGGCCCCACUUCAGUCGGGCCAGCCCUUCAAGUUCUCGAUCUUGGAGAUAUGCGACCGCAUCAAAGAGGAAUUCCAGUUCCUGCAGGCUCAGUACCACAGUCUCAAGCUGGAAUGUGAGAAGUUGGCCAGUGAGAAGACCGAAAUGCAGCGACAUUAUGUCAUGUACUACGAGAUGUCUUAUGGGCUCAACGUUGAAAUGCAUAAGCAGGCCGAGAUUGUGAAGCGCCUCAGCGGCAUCUGCGCUCAGAUUAUCCCAUUCCUCACCCAGGAGCAUCAACAGCAGGUGCUACAGGCCAUGGAGCGUGCCAAGCAGGUGACUGUGGGGGAGCUGAACAGCCUCAUUGGGCAGCAGCAACUCCAGCCGCUGUCCCACCACGCCCCCCCUGUGCCCCUCACCCCUCGCCCGUCUGGGCUGGUGGGUGGCAGUGCCACGGGGCUGCUGGCCCUGUCCGGAGCACUGGCCGCCCAGGCUCAGCUGGCCGCGGCUGCCAAGGAGGACCGGGCAGGUGUGGAGGCCGAGGGGUCUAGAGCAGUGGAGAGAGCCCCAAGCAGGAGUGCAUCCCCCUCGCCCCCUGAAAGUGUGGUGGAAGAGGAGCAACCGGGUGGCCCAGGUGGCAAUGGGAAGCAGCAGCAAGCUGAGGAAAAGGAUCUGUCAGGACCUUACGAGAGCGACGAGGACAAGAGUGAUUACAACCUGGUGGUAGAUGAGAUGAGUAAACUGAGGCACAGGAGGUUUCAUAAUCCUCCCAAGGACCAACCCUCAGAGCCCCCCAGCCCAACUGCCACCCCGUGUGGAAAGGCCCCCAUCUGCGUCCCUGCCCGUCGGGACCUUGUGGAAAGUCCAGCCUCCUUGGCCUCCAGCCUCAGCUCACCGCUUCCCAGAUCCAAGGAGCUCAUCCUGAAUGAUCUUCCCGCUAGCACUCCUGCCUCCAAGUCCUGUGACUCCUCCCCGCCCCAGGAUGCAUCCACCCCGGGGCCCAGCUCGGUCAGUCACCUCCGCCAGCUCACUGCCAAGCCAACGCCUUCCACAGACAGUAUUGCCCUGAGGAGCCCCCUGACCCUGUCCAGUCCCUUCACCGCGUCUUUCAGCCUGGGUUCCCACAGCGCACUUAAUGGGGACCUCUCUGUGCCCAGCUCCUACGUCAGCCUCCACCUGUCCCCCCAGGUCAGCGGCUCUGUGGUAUAUGGACGCUCCCCCAUGAUGGCAUUUGAGUCUCAUCCACAUCUCCGAGGAUCAUCCAUCUCUUCCUCCCUGCCCACCAUCCCCGGGGGAAAGCCGGCCUACUCCUUCCACGUGUCUGCGGACGGGCAGAUGCAGCCUGUGCCCUUCCCAUCGGAUGCGCUGGUGGGUGCAGGCAUCCCACGGCAUGCACGGCAGCUGCACACACUGGCUCACGGCGAGGUGGUCUGCGCAGUCACCAUCAGUGGCUCCACGCAGCACGUGUACACGGGAGGCAAGGGCUGUGUGAAGGUGUGGGAUGUUGGCCAGCCUGGCGCCAAGACACCAGUGGCCCAGUUGGACUGCCUGAACCGGGACAAUUAUAUUCGUUCUUGCAAGCUACUGCCAGAUGGUCGGAGUCUUAUCGUGGGCGGUGAGGCCAGCACCUUGUCCAUUUGGGACCUGGCAGCGCCCACCCCCCGCAUCAAGGCCGAGCUGACCUCCUCAGCCCCCGCCUGCUACGCCCUGGCUGUCAGCCCUGAUGCCAAGGUCUGCUUCUCCUGCUGCAGCGAUGGCAACAUCGUGGUCUGGGACCUGCAGAACCAGACCAUGGUUAGGCAGUUCCAGGGCCACACGGAUGGUGCCAGCUGUAUUGACAUUUCUGACUAUGGUACUCGGCUCUGGACAGGGGGCCUGGACAACACCGUGCGCUGCUGGGAUCUGCGGGAAGGCCGCCAGCUGCAGCAGCAUGACUUCAGCUCCCAGAUUUUUUCCCUGGGCCACUGCCCCAACCAGGACUGGCUGGCCGUCGGCAUGGAGAGCAGUAACGUUGAGAUCUUGCACGUCCGCAAGCCGGAGAAGUACCAGCUGCACCUCCAUGAGAGCUGCGUGCUGUCCCUGAAAUUCGCCUCCUGCGGGCGGUGGUUCGUGAGCACGGGGAAGGACAACCUGCUCAAUGCCUGGAGGACGCCCUACGGAGCCAGCAUUUUCCAGUCCAAGGAGUCAUCCUCCGUGCUGAGCUGCGAUAUCUCGGGGAACAACAAGUACAUCGUGACGGGCUCAGGGGACAAGAAGGCCACUGUGUAUGAGGUGGUCUACUGAGAACCCCCUUCCUGCACCCCUGGGGGAAGGGUGUGCAAACCAGAGAGCCCAAUACCCCCUAAUCUCAUGUCCUCCCCUGCUGGAUAUGGGGCUGGGUGGGCAGAGGGACUUUGGGAAAAUAAAUGUAUUUAUCACA